UGAAAUUGCAAAAUAAAAACCUAAGUGACGGAAACCCAAACCAAACAGUACGACAGACAGAGAGAGAUAUCUGCAACACUGCUGCGACCUUCAAUGGCGACAAAAGCUUUAUCCUUCGCUCUCUCUCUCAAUGACCUCACCAACCCCUUCUCUUCCAACCCACCACACGCCGCCACCAAAGUUUCCAUCUUUACCGUCAGAUGCUCUUCCGGUAAUGGAGAGAGGCCUUGGAAAAACUCAGAUGCUAGACUUGUGCUGGAAGAUGGUUCAAUUUGGAAGGCAAAGUCGUUUGGUGCUUCGGGGACACAAGUUGGCGAAGUUGUUUUUAACACAUCAUUGACAGGGUAUCAGGAAAUUUUGACAGACCCUAGUUAUGCUGGCCAGUUUGUGCUGAUGACAAACCCACAUAUUGGGAACACUGGUGUAAAUUUUGAUGAUGAGGAAUCAAUACAGUGUUUCCUUGCUGGUCUUGUAAUUAGAAGUUUGAGCAUCAGUACCUCUAACUGGAGAUGUGCGAAGGAUCUCGGUGAUUACUUGGCCGAAAGGAAUAUCAUGGGAAUUUAUGAUGUUGAUACUCGUGCAAUCACACGCAGAUUGCGGCAAGAUGGCAGUCUUAUUGGUGUCUUGAGCACUGACAAUUCCAAAUCGGAUGAGGAACUGCUUAAGAUGUCUAAGUCUUGGGACAUUGUUGGUAUUGAUCUAAUAAGUGGUGUAUCAUGCAAAACUCCACAUGAAUGGGUUGACAAAACUAAGCAAGAAUGGGAGUUUAGUUCCAAUAAAGUGCCAGGAGAGACUUUCCAUGUAGUUGCAUAUGAUUUUGGAAUCAAGCAUAAUAUACUCAGGCGCCUUGCAUCUUAUGGCUGCAAAAUUACUGUUGUGCCAUCUACGUGGCCAGCAUCAGAGACUCUGAAGAUGAAGCCAGAUGGAGUCCUUUUCAGCAAUGGCCCUGGUGAUCCAUCUGCUGUUCCUUAUGCCGUUGAAACAGUAAAGAAUAUUAUCGGAAAGGUGCCUGUUUUUGGAAUUUGCAUGGGCCAUCAAUUGCUGGGCCAGGCUUUAGGAGGUAAAACCUUCAAGAUGAAAUUUGGUCACCAUGGAGGAAAUCAUCCUGUUCGUAACCUUCAAACUGGCCAUGUUGAAAUUAGUGCUCAGAACCACAACUAUGCUGUUGACCCAGCCACACUGCCAGAGGGAGUGGAGGUUACUCAUAUCAAUCUUAAUGAUGGAAGUUGUGCCGGUCUUGCUUUCCCUGCUCAAAGACUUGUGUCUCUUCAAUACCAUCCUGAAGCAUCCCCUGGGCCUCAUGAUUCUGACUACGCUUUUAGGGGGUUUAUAGAGCUAAUGAAGCAAGGAAAAAACAGAACACCAAAGGAAAGUCUACACAAACUAUCAGCGGUGCAUGCUUUGGAUGCAUAGUGGUUGAAGCGUGCUGCUCCCCCUCCAGGGUAAAAGGAAUAAGCAUCUGCUAAAAUAUUAUGAGUCUAUUUCUAUGAUUUUGUAGAUGAGUUUACCAAGGUUUCUUAGGGUUUGAUUAAGAUUUUCUUAUGUUCAUUUUCUGUACAAGGGUAAGCAUGGCCAAGGCUGUCAUAAACCUCAAUGAAGCUUAAUGUAUUACUAGUCCUCGUAGUCAGCACCAAAUUUUGGUUGCUGGCAAUGGCAUCACUAAUUUUAAGAUUAAUAAUAAUUAUUUCCUUUUAAUAAA